AUGGAAAAAUAUAGCGAAUCAGAAGAAACGACAAGAAAAGUGUUUCAGCUGCUUGAUGUGGUAGGAAAUAUGUAGAACAGAGAUAGAGUUAUAUGUCUGGAAGACUUAAAAACAAUUUUUAGGUCAAUACAUUUGCAUGCACCUUUGAAUGCUUUAAAAACGGUAUUGCUUGAUGCUGGAGGGGCGAAGAUUACGCUUAAGCAAGUAUAAAAUAGGUAGUUUAGAAAAUUGAGGGUGGAGAAAACUGAGUGCGAGCUUAAUGUGUUGGCUGAUUUCAAAAAGUAUGAAGAUAGAGAUCAUCGGUGCUAUAUAACCCAAGAAAGCUUGAGAAGAACUUUGUAUGAGGAACAUAUUGAUAUAAAAGAUAUUGAUGAGAUUGCUCAUGAGUUUUUUAAAUGCGAUAAAAACCAUGAUGGGGCAAUUAGUUAUAAAGAUUUAUAUGAUUAUGCUUUAGGAAACAUACCUGAAGAAUGGCUUGAAUGGAUUAUCAAUAAGUAAGAGAUAUUCAGCCACGAACGAGAAGUUGAUCAUGAAAUUAUUUUUAAAACUAUUGAAGAAAAUGGCUUCAAUGUCUUGUCUGCCAGAAAUUUUCUGCAGAAUUAUAUGCAAGAGAAAAACAGCAAAAAAGAUAAUGUGGGGUGAAGCGGAAAAAAAUACACUGUAUUUUUUUCCUACAGUUUCCCACAGUCAAAUUUGACAUAAAAUUUUCCAAUUUUUUGAAACGAUAGGAAAAAAAUACAUGGAAAAGAAAAAAAAAUUCGAAACCAGGGCGGAAAAAAAUUCAACCCCCAAAAAUGAAAAAAAAACUGCAUGAAAAAAAUAUACACAUAAAAAAAAAUUUUAAAUUACUAAUAUUUAAAAAAGAAGCAAAGAAAAUGCUUUAUUAAAUAUGAAUGACAAUAGCAGUCAUUGCGUUUGCUAUAAAAUUCACAUAAUAGAUAAAAAAUAGAUGCAAGAACUGUAUCAUAUGCUUUUAUAGUAAAAAGUUUUCUGUGUUUUUUUUCCAAAACCGCAUGAAAAAACUACUAUAAAAAUUUGAAAUACAGAUCUUUAAGUCAAAUAGAGUUAAAAAUAAACGAAAAACAGUCCCAGCUUAAAUCUCUCUUUAAUAGCAAGAUUUAAGAAUAAAAUUAAUGCCUAAAUGUUAAAGAUCAGUUUAAAAUAAAAAAAUUAAAAACAAAAGGAAAAAAUUCAAAAUUUUUUUUCUAAAAAAACAGCAUGAAAAAAAAUAUCAGUAAAAUUUCAACAGUCUAAAUUUCGGCAUGAAAAAAAUACAAUAUAAAAAAUUUAGUAGGAAAAAAAAUACAUAUAAAAUUUAUAUAUUUUUUUAAAAUUUUUUAAUUAAAAUAAUCCAAAUAUCUAAGGAUGAGUUAUCCAAACUCUACUGUGUGUGAUUAGUAAUAAUAACUGAUAAUAAAAAACGAUUAAUUAUUUAUAUUUCUAAGUUUUAUUCCUUCUGGUUUGGAGUCGAUUACACUGCGCUUAAGUCCAGCUGAUCAACUCUUCUUUUAAUUGUCUAUUGGAUAGUUCUAACUCCCUCCCCCCCCAAUUAAUAGCGGACGAAAAAAUCGUCCGCUAUUAAAAAAGUUCGAUAUUUAUAAAUAUUUUUCUAUUUAAAAUUUUUUAUAAACGGCUGAAAAAAAAAAUGCAUUUUUAAGUCAAAGAGAAGCACUAAAUCUAAUAAAAUGGAGUUGAAUGGAGAAACCAGAAAGAGAAAAGACUAACAGCUGGUGAUAAGCUAGUUAUUGCACAAUACUACCUGGAUCAUCAAAAUGAAGGUCUUUCAUAUGAAGAUAUAGCCUACAAGUUCAAUAUAUCAAAGUCAAGUGUCGGCGAAUUAGUAAAAGGCAUUCAUCAAUUGAAAAGGGGAGAUCAAGGUUUAAAGAAAAGAAAGCCAGAUGCAUAUUAUUAGCUCUCAUAAUUUUUUAAUACCUUUGCGCUUAAAUUAAUUCUAUUUAAAUAUUCCCAUCUUUAUUUCAUUGGCUCUAGUAAAUUUAUGUUAUGCUUUGUUAUGUUAUGUUAUGUUAUGUUAUGUUAUGUUAUGUUAUGUUAUGCUAUGUUAUGUUAUGUUAUGUUAUGUUAAGAUGCUAUGUAUUUUAAGUCCCUACUUUGCCGCCGUGACGUUUUAUGGAGAUAACCCCGUAAGGUGGCUAAGGCGUGGCCUCUUCAAGCCCGGUCCGAAACCCGGUUUCUCGGUUGAGGUGAUGACCAACUGACCGCCUCCAUUUCCAACUUGAUUCGUCGCCCUGAAUCUUGCGUCAACUCUGUCCGUACGUCGCCAAAUCUGCCACUGAAGGGCACCUUUAAUUGGGGAGAACCCCGAUUUCUCGUCUAAUUUGCCUUCCCCUCUUUUCCAGUCAUCCCGAGAAAGAACUCAACAGCUUUCGCCAUUCGGGGCAAAUCACAAAAAUAGCUUAGGCAGGUAUGUCGCCCUGCCUCAUUUCUGACACCCCACUAGGCUGGGCUCUGCUGGAAAAAAGGAGUCACGAAUAACUGCCCAAGUGUCUUGGUCACAAAAACAGCGAUCUUUGCGCUUAGACCUCUCGCCUUGAGGUACAAAGACAUAGCUGGGCCAAUUCCUGGCUCCAAAAAACCAUGCCCGGAUAUACACAGGUAACUGUCUCAAGAGGACGGGUCGGAAGUCAUCCGCCAUUUUAUGUAUAUUAGUAAAUUUAUAAUGAACGAUUAUCUUAUAUAAUUUAAAAUUUUUUAUAGUAAAAAAAUUUCCGUUAUUAAAUGGUACCUAAGAGUCCAUUUUUAGGGGAAAAAAAAAAUUGAUUUCAUCCGCUAUUAAUUGGGGGGGGGAGUUAGAUAUUUUGGAUUUUUUUAAUUAAAAAAUUUUAAAAAAAAUAUAUAUAAAUUUUAUAUGUAUUUUUUUUCCUACUAAAUUUUUUAUAUUGUAUUUUUUUCAUGCCGAAAUUUAGACUGUUGAAAUUUUACUGAUAUUUUUUUCAUGCUGUUUUUUUAGAAAAAAAAAUUUUGAAUUUUUUUCCUUUUGUUUUUAAUUUUUUUUAUUUAAACUGAUCUUUAACAUUUAGGCAUUAAUUUUAUUCUUAAAAUCUCGUUAUUAAAGAGAGAUUUAAGCUGGGACUGUUUUUUUCGUUAUUUUUAACUCUAUUUGACUUAAAGAUCUGUAUUUCAAAUUUUUAUAGUAGUUUUUUCAUGCGGUUUGGAAAAAAACACAGAAAACUUUUUACUAUAAAGCAUAUGAUACAGUUCUUGCAUCUAUUUUUUUAUCUAUUAUGUGAAUUUAUAGCAAACGCAAUGACUGCUAUUGUCAUUCAUAUUUAAUAAAGCAUUUUCUUUGCUUCUUUUUAAAUAUUAGUAAUUUAAAAUUUUUUUUAUGUGUAUUUUUUUCAUGCAGUUUUUUUUUUCAUUUUUGGGGGUUGAAUUUUUUUUCCGCCCUGGUUUCGAAUUUUUUUUUCUUUUCCAUGAAUUUUUUCCUAUCGUUUCAAAAAAUUGGAAAAUUUUAUGUCAAAUUUGACUGUGGGAAACUGUAGGAAAAAAAUACAGUGUAUUUUUUUCCGCCUCACCCGAUAAUGUGGAAUCUUAA